AUGCAAGACCUGCAAGUGAGUGUCCCGGUAUUGCCUCGAUCCCCUUCUAACUCGGUCAGAAUCCGUCGAGUGAAAUGCGGAGAAGAGAGACCAUCGUGCACGCGGUGUACAAGCACGGGCCGAAACUGCGAGUACGAUCGCGCCCCAUCCACCGCUCUACAGUAUCCACUGUCGGCAUCCUCCCCUGUUCAGGGCGAGCGUCAUGCCUUUGAAUACUACUUCUAUCACGCCGCCCAAGGGCUGUCCGACACGCUCGAUUUCGGCUUCUGGUGCGGGACGGUGCUCCAGAUCUGCCGCGCUGAGCCUGUUGUCUGGGAUGCAAUUGUCGCGCUGAGCACAUUGUAUGAGUCGCCCACUGUACUGUCCGGGCUGUAUGAUACGCCUCCUGUGCAGUCCAGGUUAUAUGACGCGCCCCCUAUGUGGUCCAGGUUGUAUGGUGCACCCCCUGUGCGGUCCAGGGACUUGUCGUCGCACCUUUUGUCCAGUACAGUGCCGACUCAACGUCAACAGCAGGCCUUGACAUGGUACUCCCGGUCCAUAGGGAGGCUGCAGUGGCAGAUCGAACGAGGGGUGGUGGAUGUCACGGUGGCGCUUGCUAGCUGCAUUCUGUUCAUCUGCAUUGAGAUCCUUCAGGGGAAUGUCCGCGAAGCGCUAGCGUUAUAUAAACGGGGGUUGCAACUAGCAAGAUCUAUAACUACACCCACCUCGGCGAUGAUUGUGAUUACAUCUGUGCUGCAGCGCAUGGGCCCAUGGGCACUCAUCAUCGGCGGUGUUCCACAUAUAUCUGGGGGGAGUUGUAGCGAUGAUGAGUCCCGCACGAAUACCCCCUUUCUCUCCCUCUCCGAAGCCCGAAGUCGUCUUCAUGCUUUCUUUCCGGAGUGGAAGGAUCUUGACUGUGACUGGAAGGUAGCUCGUCCGAGACAACACACAGGAACGUCUACACCGGAAGGUUCGCUUCACAUCCCACAAAGAGUCCUCGAACACCGUAUUCUCGCCUGGCAUGCUCGAUUUAGCACAAUGCCUGAGGUUCAGCGAUACAUUCAUACUCAUGAACCCACUGGACACCGGCUUCUAGACAGACGAAACACCCACGACGGCAUCAUCGCUGGCCUAAUAAUGACAUACACCAGCAUCCUUAUCCUUACUCAAACAACCAUCAACUAUAGCGAAUCCAUAUACGACGCCUACGAUUCUGAGUUCAUGCAAAUCCUCAGGCACGCCCCCCUGGCACUAGCUGCCACGGCCUGUGAUGACGGCCACCAACCCCCCUUUGUCUUCGACAUGGGUAUCGGCAUGCCCCUGCUCAUUACAGCGCUCAAGUGUCGAUCGCCGGCGGUUCGGCGCCAGGCACUUCGUCUCCAGCGGCAGGCGCCUCAAAUCCAGAGCUUUUAUCUGGGAGCGAUGGCAACGCCCGUCGUGGCUGCUAUUGUCGCCGUCGAGGAGAAAGGGCCGUCGGUGAAUGAAGCUUUGGUGAUGGGGUUGCUGGACCAACCUGGAUGCGUCCCACCGGAUAAUCAACGAGUCUUGGAUUAUUGUGUAUUGCCUGCGGAGGUCGUUAACGGCAAGGAACCUCUGGUGUUGCAGUAUACACGCAGGGAGAGUCUAGGAGAUGAGCGGAGGAUCGUGGAGGAGAGGGUGAUGCUGGCUCAAGAUGGGGCCUGA